AUGACCCCAGUCAAUGGGCAGGUCAGGUCAGGUCAGGAAAGUUCUAGACAUCAAGCUAGAACUAUGAUGGUCGUCUAUCUUCCACUCAAACGCUGCCAACAAACCGAGACCGGCAACUCUCCUUCCUUCUUCCAUCCAUUCACGGUAGGGAUUCAUUCAAUGGGGGACGCCAGUGAGUUAGACCCAUUUAGGUACGAGGUGAUCGAGAAGGCUACCCAAGUAGAGACGUACUGGACUGUAGUGACAGAGUUCUUCAAAGAGGCACAGGGCAACCGGGGAGUGGUUCGCCGCCGGGACAUCCGCUUGCCUGUUGCGGCGACGUGCUGCUGGAUCCAUGGGAAGGAAAAGCCCGCGGAUGUUGUGAUCCCUGCUGCCGCGUCCCAAUCACGGACCCUUUGGACAUGGUCCGUGUACUUUUGUCACGUUCCCGUCUGUCUGCCGCCCCCCCCCCCUUUAUCCUUCGAAAACAUACUACCUACAGGACAAGGAUACUCCAUCCUUACCUCCUACAUCUCGCCCACCGUUUCAGUGUGUCGAGCAACAGCAGACGGCAGACCUCUUACCAUUUUCGUCCAGUCUGCCGAUGUCUCUGAGGAAAUGGGCAAAUCGGCGGUGGUGGAGGGGAAGGAAGGAAGAAAGAACGAACAAGAGGGAAGAGAGUCUGGUAUCAAACAAUUUAAAACAACAAACAACGACUCUCACGCCCCUCUCCAUCCGGCCGAGGCAGAUGAGAUUAUUCGAGAACUGGAACAGACCAGCGAACGUUCGGCCCGUCAUGUUGGCGGCUCGGAUCGGAGCAGAAAGUGGGACUUUUGCCAGGCGCAUGGAGGGCCUCCGACCAAAGCACAGACUAACAAGUGUGUGGGUAUACCUUCUCCGGAGAACAAUGACAGCCCAUCGCCACUUCUCACUCACUCUGCGCGUACCCUCACGUCUAGUACUGGUUCAGGAAGAAUAGUUAACGGCUACCUGGCCAUCACUCUUCCGAUACCGCAUUGCUGA